AAUUUGAUAUCAUCAUGGAUACUUAGCAGAUCUGCCAUUCUUAAUGAUUUAUCGGCAAAAUAAAUCUAAUUUUCUAACAUACACUCGUGAAUACCUGACAUUUACGACAUGACAUGACACUAGUGUUGAGAAAAUAAAAUCAAUUACUUUUGAUUGUCAUGUCACGGCCAAGUCAAGUCUGAGGAGCCUUAAAACCUUAAAUCGACUAAAGAGUAAAACAUUACACGCAAAGUUCUCCCUUUUGAAAUGACAGUCGCAACAUUUUGUACGUAAAACGGAACGGUGAAGCAACAUGCGAUUUUGAAGGAUAACCUCAAAAAGAAUUUAUUUACAAAAAUUGUGUAAGCAUGUCGUGUGAAUAAAAGGGAAAAGAAACAUGGAAAAGCCUGUAGAAUUACCGACUUAUAUUAAAACUAUACAGGAUGGCGAAGAAGUUGAAGAUUUCUCGGAGGAAUCGGACGAAGAAGUCGAAUAUCAACCAUCUAAACAGAAAAUCAAAAGGAAAGAAGAUAUCAACCCCGAUUUUAAAUUUGUGGGGUCUGUAGAUGAAUACAAUAAGAGCCCAUGGGAUGACUUGCAGAAGUAUGUGAGACGCAAUGUGAAACACACUCUAGAUGAUAAGAUUGAGAUGCGGAGAGCAGCUGUCAAGGUCAAUGGGAAUGCUGAAGAUGUUGACACAGACUCUGAUGUAGAGAACCAUGAGAAUGAUACAGGAGAGCUUGAGAUAUCUGAUGACGAGCUCAAGAGAGAUGAAAUCAAGAACAAACCUAAGAAGCUGACUAAAAAAGAGAAGUUAAAACAGGAGUUGGAAGACGAAACAGAGCAGGGUGCCCGCAUAGAAUACGACUCGGACUUCUUCGAGGAACCUCCUCCAUACGACGAGAAUGCUUCCUUCUACAUGAUGAACCUCUCCCGACCCCUGCUGAAGGCUAUAGGCACCCUCAACUACGUCCAUCCCACGCCCAUACAGGCUGCUACUAUACCUGUGGCGUUGCUCGGCAAGGACGUAUGCGCGUGCGCAGCGACGGGUACGGGUAAGACGGCGGCGUACAUGCUGCCCAUACUGGAGCGCCUGCUGUACAAGACCAGUGGGGGGGAGCGCGUCACCAGGGUCCUCGUGCUUGUGCCUACCAGGGAACUGGGAGCUCAGGUACACACAGUGACACGGCAGCUGUGUCAGUUCACAGCGGUAACUGUUGGCCUCUCCAUCGGUGGACUCGAUGUCAAGUAUCAGGAAACAAUGCUGCGUCGAAACCCGGACAUAGUGAUAGCAACCCCGGGUCGACUUAUAGACCACAUCCGCAACACUCCGUCCUUCGGACUCCACUCCAUUGAAGUACUGGUGCUCGAUGAAGCUGACAGGAUGCUUGACGAGUACUUCGCGGAGCAGAUGAAGGAGAUCAUAAGACAGUGCUCCCCAAAGCGACAGACCAUGCUGUUCUCAGCGACCAUGUCUGAACAGGUCAAGGACCUGGCUGCUGUGUCCCUCAAGAAACCUGUCAAGUUGUUCGUGGACUCAAAUAAAGAUGUCGCAUUCAAUCUUAGACAGGAGUUUGUAAGGAUACGUCGUGAACGCGAGUGUGAUCGCGAGGCCAUACUGGCGGCGCUAGUGUGUCGAACGUUCCGAGACCGCGCCGUCAUAUUCGUGCAGACCAAGAAACAGGCCCACAGGCUGCAUGUGGCGCUAGGCCUGCUCGGAGUUAAGGUCGCAGAACUCCACGGUGCACUGAACCAGCCCCAACGUCUAGACUCUCUGAAGAGGUUCAAAGAGGAGCAGGUUGACGUACUAGUGGCUACCGACGUGGCGGCGCGUGGGCUCGACAUACCCGGCGUCAAGACUGUACUCAACUUCACGUUGCCGGCCACUCUAGAACAUUAUAUUCAUAGGGUAGGUAGAACGGCCCGAGCAGGUCGCGCCGGUGUGUCAGUGUCGCUGGCGGGUGAAGCAGAGCGUCAGCUGGUCAAAGCUAUCGUGAAGCGCGCGCGACGCCCCGUCAAGUCGCGCCAGAUACCGCCAGACAUCGUCGCCAAAUACAGGGACAGACUCGCCAGACUUGAACCUGAGAUUGCUGCAAUCUUAGACGAAGAGUACGCGGAAAAACAAAUGAAUAAAAUGGAGAAACAGACAGCGAAGUUAGAGGGAGCCAUCAAGACGGAGGGCGAGCAGACCGGACCUAAAAUAGAGGUGAAGCGGCAGAGGGAGUGGUUCCAAACACCCAAGGAGAAGAGGGAGGAGAAAGAGAGGCUAGCACUCACUAAACAUCCUGAUAAAGACAAGAAAAAGGGUAAAGGGAAGAAACGUAAACACGAAGAUGAUGACGAUGACUCGGAUGACGGCAAGCGGAAGAAGAAGAAGCCGAACAAACACAAACCCAAGGACACGCCCGAGGAACGAGUUAAUAGGGAGAUGGAGAAGGUUGCUCUCCUCCAAUCAAGAAUGGAGAAACGCAAGAAGAAACAGCGCAGGAUACGCGCCGUCGACGACGAUGACGACCGCCCACAACAUGCACCUAGGAAAUCAAAUAAAAUGAAGAAAAAACAAAGUAAUUUCGCCAAUGACCUCACAGACACUUCAAGAGCGGCAACUAAGAGACUUCGCUACGAUGCUAAUAAGGCCCAGAAGGGCAAUAAAGGUCCUAAAAAGGGCAAAGGUCCAGCUAAAGGCAAGCCCAACGCCAAACCGAAAGCAUUUGGCAAACCCCAGGCCGGGAAAGGACGUAGGAAAAACAAAUAAAUGUGCCUUUAAUGUU